GUGGGCUGGACUUCCGGAGAGCGGUUCCUCUCCUCAGGCGAAUCGUGGGAAAAUGAAAUCAAACUCCAGAGCUCGUUAAGUUUUCUCGUGUUAAGUGAAGAAAAUGCCGCUUGUUAUCGAGGGGAUGUAGUCGAAGACUAGAGAGCGGAGAACUGUUGGUCGUUAAGAGUCAGUGGGCCUCCAGCAAGCUGAGGGCGCCGCGACGGAAAUGGCAAACCUCAACUGGAAACCCUUCGUCUACGGAGGGAUGGCCUCUAUCGUCGCCGAAUUUGGUACCUUCCCCAUUGAUCUGACCAAGACGCGGUUGCAGGUCCAAGGCCAGUCCCAGUGCAUGGAGGUCCGUUACAGGGGCAUGUUCCAUGCCUUACUGAGGAUUGGACGGGAGGAGGGCAUCCGGGCACUUUACUCUGGGAUUUCACCUGCCCUGCUAAGGCAAGCCUCAUAUGGGACAAUAAAGAUUGGCACGUACAACACACUGAAGAAAUUAUUUGUGAGCCGUCCUGAAGAUGAGACCAUGGUAAUUAACGUGUUCUGCGGUGUGGUGUCUGGAGUACUGUCGUCUUCUUUAGCCAAUCCUACAGAUGUGCUAAAGAUUCGUAUGCAGGCUCAGGGCAGUCUGCUGCAGGGUAGUAUGAUGGCCAACUUCAUCAACAUCUACCAGACAGAGGGCACCAGAGGUUUGUGGAGGGGUGUCAUUCCUACAGCACAGAGAGCAGCCAUCGUGGUUGGUGUAGAGCUGCCUGUGUACGACAUCACCAAGAAGCACUUGAUUCGUUCCGGCACUAUGGGAGACACUGUUUUGACUCAUUUUAUUUCCAGUUUUGCGUGUGGCCUGGCAGGGGCACUAGCGUCUAACCCGGUGGACGUGGUGAGGACUCGGAUGAUGAACCAGCGUGUGCUGUCUGGAAACCUGCUGUAUAAAGGCACGCUGGAUGGACUAAUGCAGACUUGGAGAAAUGAGGGCUUCUUCGCUCUCUACAAAGGUUUCUGGCCAAACUGGCUGCGCUUGGGACCCUGGAACAUCAUUUUCUUUAUGACCUACGAGCAGCUGAAGAAGCUUCCAUUAUAGCUGAGCCAGUGACACUCCGCAGGCUAAAAGAGUGUGUGUGGAGGGACAAGGGAACACAGUGCACCUCUCCUGCCUUUGUCCUUCCUCCAGCAUUCGCAAUCCCUCCUCCGUCACUCAUUUUAUGUGCAUGCUUAUUUAAGUAUUUGUUUUGUUUUUGUUUUUUUUUUAAAGUCCAUUUUUGCACCCAAAGCCUUGUUUUCUUUUUCUCUCCUGGCAGCUAAAUGGUAGGUCAAUGCUUGGAGCACAAAUCCUGUCGAGUUACUGUCAGAACAGUCAAGCUUAAUCAGCCUAGAGCCACAUCUAAAAUAAUCUGAAGUAAUCGAUUUUUCCGUGGAGAAAAGUUAAAGGAAUACAGGAAUUCUCAAAGUGGUUUCAUAUUUGCUUUACUUAAUCUAAAUGUGCUGAGUGUUAUUAGGAAGUUCCUUAUUGCUAGUGACAAAAUUGAUAUCAGCGGUGUGUGAAAGGCUUUUAAAAUGGUAGUUGAGGGGGAAAAAUAUGAUUAACAUGAUCUAUUAUUUAUACCAGACGCAGUCCAUCAGCAAAGGCUGUUUGGUGUUUGAUAGUUUCUUUUUUCGUUCAAAAUGGGAGAUUCUAGGCUUUCUAAAAUUUCUGCCAAACACUUGACUGAACCUGAAAGGCUGAAAGAAACUUUUAACCAGUAUUUGAAACAUUCAGUUCUGCUUUAUAUGUAUUUCUGCCUUAGUUUAUAAUAAUAAAAUGGGGAGGAUCUCUAUCUUUUUUUAAUCUCUUUUUUAAUCCUGGUGGUGGGUGGCAACUGUCUGAAUAAUGGAUGUUCCAGCUAAUUGAUUUUGGGACAUCUAAAGCAGAAAGGCCUCUGAUUGGCUGUUGAGAGAGCAUGGUCAGUUGUGUUCUCUCAAGCUCCAGCUGCUGAUGCCCUCCAAACUAUUUUUACUGAAUCAUUUUUUUUUUCAAUUUGAUUACGCAGAUUUUUGAUACAUUUUUGCAGAGCUUUUUAAAGCAAAAUGUUCAGUGGGAUUUUGGUGUGUAUUUAGGUAAGUCUAAGGAGAACGGGAUUAGUUUCUCAGAGGACGUCUGUAAAAAAAUAUUUCACACUUCUGCUUAGUGAUAAAACUGUUGCAUCCGGAAAAAAAUCCUUAAUCUUUACUCUGGAAAAAAAAUCCUUAAAAAAAGGACCAGAGUUUUUUGGCUUUCUUGGUCACAUGACAUCGCGUUCAGUAGCUCCUCCAUUUCCACUCAGAAAUGUGCAGCCGGACGGGACUAAAUCAUCAUCUCCCAAUGUGAAUUCAAAAAACAUAUAGAUGUCAGAUAUCAAACAUGUCUUUGCCUGUACCUGUGGUGAUAAAAUGAUAAAUCAUAGUAAUUAGAUCUUUAAUCAAUUGUUGAAAUAAAAGGCACCUGGACACUUCUUUCAUACGUCCUGUGGGUUCUAAGUUUCCCUAAUACCUGUAUAUGAUUCUGUUACAAGCAGUAUGGUAGGCAAGAGUAUCAUGAAGCUAAAAAACACGAGUUUGUGCCGAUGUUUCAGGUGACUUGUUCUUCUUUUUGCGUUAAACGAAACGCAAAAUAACCACAAUAGUUUUUUUCUUUUCUUGCACGCACAUUCGCUUAACAUUGCUUCCUGGUCUGGCUUGUGUUUCGUGAAGUGGCGCCAGUUUAGUUAGUUAGAGAGGGAGUUUUUUCAGGAGUGUUUAGGGUCCUGCCAGUCUUCAAUUCAAGCAUACAUGUGUGGAUGUGUGCAAGUGUAUGUAUGUGUGUAUGUGAGGGUAUUUGUAUACACCCAGGCACGCAUGAAUGAGUGUGAUGAAUGGUAGGUGUUGAUAGCUGUACAUAUACGUCUGUUUUUUCUUCUUCUUUUAUUAAAUUCAACUCCAUGAAAGAUGUGCAUAGCUUUGGAGCGCUGGCCUCAUUUCCAAAGUGUACUGUACAGAGAAACUGCACUGUUGAGAAGCUGACAAGUUUUUUUUUUUUUUUUUUAACACAGCACAAAUUGUGUUGUUAGUAAGGUACUGUUACAUAUUGGACUCUUUCUAGUCAGAGGAAUUUCAUGUGGUUGAGCCUUUUCACUUUAUUUGCGUCCUGCUUUUACAAUGCCUUUUAAUUCUACUCAUGCCUCUCGGUCACUGGUUACCAAAAAUGAAAAAAAAAAAAUUUAAAAACAGCUACGCUUAAGAUUUUACGCUUAAGAAUCAGCAAUAAGGAGUUUUGAUUCUUGUUAAAAUAAACCCAUUGUGAGGUUUAGAAGCUAAACUGCUUUCUUAUUUGCUGUUUGUGGAGUUUGUAACCAGCAGUUAAAUAUUUGUCAUGAUUUGAUGAAUUUGUAUGAAAAGCCGGUUUUGAAAUUAUUAUUAUUAUAAGGAGCUACAGUGACGUCAUGCAGAUCGAUAACUCAGAUUUUAAUGUUAAAUACAUGGUCAUACACAAUGUGUACGCAAGGUGCAGUACACACACAGAAACGCUAGGGGCAAUGUAGUCACUGUAAGAUAAUGUCCUGGCUACUGUGGCAAGUGGAGCCCUCUAGUGGAAGCCUCCAGUAACACGUGUAGCACAAUAGGCAAGUAUGUGAAUCUUUACAUUGGUCGAAUAUAUGGCCAAACUGUAAGUAUAUCUGUAGCCUGUUGUCACAUCUUGCGCUUUAUUUCAGUUCACCUCAGUUGUUUGUACGUUAAGGGUUGGGCCUUGAAUGUUUAUAAAAUCUAAUGUCUGGAUUAUUUCACCUCCUAUUUUUCCUCCUGUCUCACAUCUCUUUUCUUCUUUUUCUCCUAAGCAUGAUGCAUGCUGUUGUCUUUAGCAGCUUUUAGACAUUGUAAAAUGCCUAUGUCCAUGUGCUGCCAACAUCAGGAAUCAAAUUACCCAUGUGCCACUUUACUUUUGUACAGUUCUAUCUCCUAUAUAUUUUUUUUUCUAUUUUCUUUUUUUUUUCAAAUAUAUUUCUCUCCAUCUCUUUUCAUUAUCCUUUUACGUUUUUGAGUUCUGCCUUGAAUCUGAGCUUUAAAUUUGGAAUUCCAGUGACCUUAGCUACUGUAUAGCUAUUUUUUAUUUUAUUCCAAAACCAAAGGACUUUUAUUUAUUUUUUUGCUCAAAUCACAGUUAGUGUACAUUUACAUUGUGCAUACAGUACGUGUAACUGAUUGAUUAUGUAGGAAUUGGUUUGGCAUUUGACCAUGGAGAUAUGGAUUGUAUAAGUUAACAGUUAAAAAAUAUCUCAUCAUGGUCUCUAAAUCUUCAUUUGAGCUUUAAAAGUUCAUAAAAAUUGAUAUUAGCAGAUAUUGGCUUUUAUAUAUGGGCGUAUUAUAAAUCGGUUUGGGUUUUGCAAAUGGAGGAUGAGUCUGAAUAGGGAAUUGUGAAUAUAUUUUAGUCAUACAAUGACUUCAGUGAGGUUUAUUUUGCUUUCUUUUAUUAGUUUCUUGUACGUUUUUCAUACGCUGUGACCUCGUGUCGUAACUGUUUGCUGGAUUGCUGGUCCGCUCACUCUUAGUCACUUGACUUGCCAAGUUCUUUGUCACCUUUGACAGAUUUCAGCUAUGAUGUUGAACAUGCAAUCACACUGUAUAAUAAAUAAUUUGUUGCUUGAUUAUGAAUGAUAUAAAACUUAGCUAUAUUCUCCGGCUGGUUUUGCUUUGUAUGACAUAAAUGUGCACCUAAAAUAAAAAAGAAAACAUUU